CAACAGUGAUAAAACUGAGUUUUAUUUAUCGAAAACGGAGGUUAAUUUUACCUGUUGUAUCUCGAAGGUUCAAAAUCUAGGAUCUGUUUAUUAUCGACUAAAGACACAAGUACGAAGUAAUCAUUAUUUAUGAGUAGCAUAAUUUUCAACCAGUGAAAAUCAAAAUGGCGGCCAAGGAUGUUACCUUAUACUAUUUUCCAAGUUCUUACUUUUCCUUGAAGGCAUUGUUGGCAUUGUAUGAAAAGAACAUUCCAUUCAAGAAACGGAUAGUAAAUAUGUUCGCAAGCGAACAAAAUGAGAACUGGUACCUAAAAAUGAACCGAAAUGGAGAGGUUCCUGUACUAGAGCUUGAUGGCGAAUAUAUUGCAGAAUCUGAGGUCAUCAUUGACGUCAUCGACCAUACAUUUACAUCUGGAUCCAUUCUAGUACCAGAUUUGGAGACCAAGAGGGGGCAAGAAGUGCGGGAAUUCCGAAUGCUGCUUGACAAUAUACCAAUUGGUAUAGUAACAUUUGGUGUGUUAGCCAAUAGACAGUUUUGUAUAGAAGAUAUAACUUCGCCGUUGUUCGGAUUUGACAGGAAAAGAACUGAGCAAUAUAUGCAAGGAAGUUACAAUAAGCUUCUUCAAAAGAAAAAGUCUUGUCCACCUGAAUUAAUACCUGUUAUUGAGCGGAAGAUAGAAUUAAACAGAAAAAGAUAUGAAUCUAUUUUAAGCGAGUCCGAAGUUGCCAAGGCCCUAGAUGAACUGGAACAAGAUUUUGAUAAAUUAGCGGCUAGAUUGGAGCAAUCAAAGCGUGACGCUGAAGAUGCACAAGAGUAUUGGUUAAUUGGAACAAGCUUCACCGCUGCUGAUAUUACAGCUACGAUUCUAAUGUUUAGGUUGAGGCUAAUCGGCGUUGCUCCUCGAUAUUUGUCUAGCGAGAAACGACCAAUUGUUCACGAAUACUACAACAGGAUCAUGAAAAGACCAUCCAUUCAAGAAAUUGUUGACAUAAAUAACAGCACUUCGUCUUAUGUGUAUAAACAAACAGUAAAAUUUUACGGUAAAAAGGCGCUCAAGAUCGGACUUGUUCUUGGCUUAGUUGCAAUAGGGUAUGCGGGAUAUAGGGAGUACUCAAAAAUACAUAGAGGCCUUGCAAAGGCAUAAAAAACAUAAAGCAUAUUUACAAUUGAGAAGUGUCGAGGACAUGCCCAUCAAAGCAUGAGGCAUAUGUAGGAUUUAACCAAUACAUUAUUGUAAUUUAAGAUAUGUAAAAUAUGUUGUCUGUAAAGCUUUAAAAUUGUUUCGAUCCACCGGUCGGCAUACUUUUUCCGUUUCGAAGAAAAACAAUCAUAAAUGGCUAAAAUGCGUGGACCAUCGAUGUAUGAGGAUUAAGGGGAAACGAGUUUUGUGCGUGCCCCCUCUAAAAUGUAUCUUUUAUUUUUAGGGAGAAUGAAAUGAAUAUACUAGUCAUUUUGAAACAUUUUAGCUCUAUUUUCUGGCAAACUGUGUCACACAAGCAUAAUAAUGUAGUUAUUGAGGCGGGAGUCCUAUGAGAAAGCCAUGCGUUUAGAUUAUUUUCAAAAUUGUAUAUCACAUUUUGAUGUAUUAGUAAAAAAAUGAAAUAUUCAAAAGUUAUAUUAUA